AUGAACGGUUCGACGGACGAGUCGUCUUUUGUAUUUCCGCGAGCGAGCGAGCGCCGGCCCCCGGUCCGAGUUUUAAAACGCGGCCCGACGUCCGCCGGCCGCUCGACGGAAGAUGUGAGCCCGAAGCGGCCCCCGCCGCCCGACCGCGCCCCCUCCGGCCCGUCGCGCCCGCCCCGGCCCCGGAUGGCGAGCUCGCCGCUCGGGGAGAUCGAGGAGCUGGCGCUGUGCUCCUGCUGCAAGCGGCGGUUCGACGAGGGCGAGCGCCCGCCCAAGCUGCUCGCGUGCAAGCACCACUUCUGCCUCGCGUGCGCGCGCUCCGUGCUCGGCAAGGGCCGCGAGGUCUACUGCGUGCACUGCUGGAAGCGGACCGAGCUGCCCGACGGCCGCGCCGACGCGCUGCCCACCCACCGGCCCGUGCUCGCGCUCGCCCGCCGCCUCGCCGCCCCCGCCCCCGCGCCCGCGCCCUCGCCCCUGCCGUCGCCGCCCUCCCCGCCGCCCGCGUGCCCCGCGCACGCGCUGCCCGCGCUGUGGUGCUGCGCGUGCGACGCGCGCGCGUGCCGCGGCUGCGGACAGCACGCGGCGCACGCGCACGCGCUGCGGCCGCCGCGCGAGGCCCGCGCGCUGCUGGCCCGCCAGCGCCGCGACCUGCUGCACGAGCUGCGGCGGCUGGCGGCGCGCCGGCGGGACUUCCUGCUGCGCGCGCUCGACGCGGCCACCGCCCUCAAGCUGCGGCUCGAGGCCGAGCUGGCGGCGCCGCCGGCGCUCGGCGGGCCGGAGCCGACCUCGCUGCCGGCGGCGGCGGCGGAGCGCGAGCGGCUGCGGGCGCGCCUGGCGGAGGCGGCGCUGCGGGCCCGCCUCGAGGACCUGGUGCGAGCGGCGGCGGCGCCGCUCGACUUCGAGCUGAUCCGGCGCGCGCUGGCGGCUCCGGCGCCGGAGCCGCCGCCGGCGGGCGAGCGCCGGGACCCGGUGCUGUUCCUGGGCAACUACUGCGCGGCGCGGCUGUACGAGCGGCGGCGGGAGGAGGACGAGGGCCCGGCCGCGGCCGCGGGCGGGUCCCCGGCGGGCGCGAUCGGCGCGGGGUCGCCGCCGCCGGCGCGGGGCCCGGGCGCGUUCCCGCUGUUCUACUUCGACGUGGAGGUGAACGGGGCGCCGCUCGGGCGCGUCGUGAUCGAGGUCCGCGGCGACGUGGCCCCGCGGAUGGCGCGCAACUUCGCCGCGCUGGCGACCGGCGAGCUCGGCGUCGGGUACCGCGGCUGCGCCGUGUUCCAGUGCUGGGAGAACGAGAGCGUGAUAACGGGCGACUUCGAGCUGAACGACGGGCGCGGCGGCCGCUCCGCGUUCGAGGAGAGCCACUUCAUGCCGGACGACACGCGGCUGGCGGCGGUGCGCGGCGCGGUCGGCAUGCGCCGGUCGCAGAAGCGGCACGACAACCUCGGGCUGGUCGGGUCGCAGUUCCGCAUCGUGCUGCGCGAGAUGCGCGGCUUCACGGCCAUCUUCGGCAGCGUCGUGGAGGGGCUCGAGCUGGUGGACCGGCUGUCGCGCGCGGGCGACUCGGCCGGGAAGCCGCACAGCGCGAUCCUGAUCUCCUCUUGCGGCCGACUCAACUAG